GAGCAUCAUUGCAAUUCAGUGAACUGAAGUAGCGUAUCUGUGUGUGUACAGUGUUUAAAAAAAAAAAGUGUACUUACUUCCUAACAUUUUUCGCUCAAUGUGUCGUUAUGCUCUCUUGGAUUCAUUUAAUCUCCAGACCAUCUCAGUUUUCGCGCUAUUAUCGUUCAAGUGCUGGGAUUUUUAUAAUAUGAUCUCAGUUAUAAUUGACAGCGGUUUAUUUUCAUCGGGUCGCGCGCGUUGAGCCUAAUGUAAACAAACCCCGGUCGGAAGUCACAGAUUAAGUGAAUUUAGUUCACGAAUUCACCUGAAAUCACCGUCAGAGGCUUGAACCGUGUGUCGGAGUCCGUGGGAAAUGUCUUUGUCGUGUUCCCAGGCUCUGGACUGAAGUUUAAGCCGUUUAUUUGAGUGUGUGAUUCUCUGUCUGAUUCGUCUCGAGGCCUCAGAUCUGUGGAUGAGGAAGUGAACGGACCGAGCUCACCCAGGAGAAAGGAUCUCCUCUUUCCUUUGCUCCUGGGUGAAUCGGUGAUCUGUCAAAAUGGAUGAGCAGGAGGCCCUGAAUUCCAUUAUGCAGGACCUGGUGGUAUUGCACCGAUCCAGCCGACCAUCCGGUCUGUCUGACCUGGGCAAACCCAAAGCCUCCUCCCCCAAGAACCAGAAUGAUGUAAGGGUGAAGUUUGAGUACAGAGGAGAGAAGAGGAUCCUACAGUUCCCACGACCCGUUAGUCUGGAAGAUCUGAGCACCAAAGCUAAAGUAGCAUUUGGGCAGAGCAUGGACCUGCAUUACACCAAUAAUGAGCUUGUGAUUCCGUUGAGUACUCAGGAUGAUCUGGAUAAAGCCGUGGAGCUGCUGGAUCGCUCAGUACACAUGAAAAGCCUGAAAAUCCUGCUGGUGCUCCCUUCCUGCACUCAGAACUCCAGUAAGGAUCUGUUGCCUGCUCAAGAGAACUUAGACAACACAGACUUCAGAACCACAGAUAAAAAGAGCAUGCUGGCACUCAUAGGUUCUCAGUCAACAGAUCGCAGUUCUCCUCCUCCAGGCUAUAUUCCUGACGUCCUGCAGCAGGUGGCAAGAAAUGGCUCAUUCACCAGCAUCAACAGUGAGGGCGAGUUCAUACCAGAGAGCAUGGACCAGAUGCUGGACCCUCUGUCUAUGAGCAGUCCUGAGAAUUCUGCAUCAGGCAGCUGUCCUUCCCUGGACAGUCCACUCGAUAGUGAUACCUAUCCCAAAUCACGUAUGCCUCGAGCCCUGAGCUAUCCAGAUAACCAUCAGGAGUUCCCUGAGUACGAUAUUCCAGUGUUCGAGAAAACAGGGAAGGGAGGCACCUACCCAAGGCGAUAUCACAUCUCGCUUGGUCUGCAGGACUACAGCGAUGGGCGAAAGACGUUUCCUAGAGCACGACGGACACAGGCUCACGGUUUUCGUUCUCCGGUGAGUUUCAGUCCGACAGAACAGCGGAGCCCCAGCACCAGCAGUGGAAGCAGUAUCUUUACGCCUGAGCUAGAGGAACCUGGACGCAGACGGCGUGGCAGCGAUAUAGAGCCCAGCUCCAACCCAACUCUAUCAGUGAUGGACAUCAGCCCUCCCAGCCGCUCUCCUCGGGCUCCAACAAACUGGCGUCUGGGGAAACAUUUGGGACAAGGAGCAUUCGGACGAGUGUUUCUCUGCUACGAUGCAGACACUGGCCGAGAACUCGCCGUUAAACAGGUCCAGUUUGACCCGGACAGCCCUGAGACCAGCAAGGAGGUGAGUGCCCUGGAGUGUGAGAUUCAGCUGCUGAAGAAUCUCUUCCAUGAGCGCAUCGUUCAGUACUACGGUUGCUUGCGGGACACACAUGAAAGAACGCUCUCUAUCUUCAUGGAGUACAUGCCUGGGGGCUCCAUUAAAGACCAGCUGAAAUCAUACGGUGCUCUAACGGAGAAUGUCACACGGAAAUACACACGGCAGAUAUUGGAAGGCGUGUGCUACCUGCACAGUAAUAUGAUUGUCCACAGAGACAUCAAAGGUGCCAAUAUCCUCCGAGACUCUGCAGGUAACGUGAAGCUGGGUGAUUUUGGAGCGAGUCGGCGACUCCAGACCAUUUGCCUGUCCGGAACGGGCAUCAAAUCAGUGACAGGAACACCUUACUGGAUGAGCCCUGAGGUCAUUAGUGGAGAGGGCUACGGAAGGAAAGCUGAUAUCUGGAGCAUCGGCUGCACUGUAGUGGAGAUGCUGACUCAGCGGCCGCCCUGGGCAGAGUACGAAGCAAUGGCAGCCAUUUUCAAAAUCGCCACACAGCCCACCAACCCCACUCUUCCACCUCACGUGUCGGACCACUGCCGUGAUUUCCUUAAACGGAUUUUUGUGGAGACAAAACAGCGACCUGCUGCUGAGGACCUAUUACGGCACACUUUUGUCCACUAGCCACUCCCCCUUUUAUCUCUGACCAAUCAGAGACUUCCUUAAGUGUCUGUAGGAUCGUCGCCUUUUGAGACUCCCCUCACUGGACCAGAGCACGUAGGGAUGGCAAACAAGACGGCAACGUCCUAAAUCUCACAUCUCUACUGGGGCAGGAGGGUGAUUUGAAAAAGCUUGAUUCUGUAUGAAAACAUUGCACCUUAUUUUCACUUAGGGGUAAGCACCCCUUAAGACAAACGGAUAUCGGUAUUGCUAAAGACUAAAAGUUCUUCUUUUGUUGAAAUGAUCUGAUAUUCCCCAUGAUUGUGGAGAGAGAGCCUUAGCUCUGGGGAGUCCAGUUGGAUUCUGGAUGCACUGGGUUAAUGCAGGAAGAUCUUGGAAUGUCAACCCCAGAACAAGGCAAGUACGCCAAAACGCUGCUAAUGGUUAAAUGAGGAAAAAAAAAAAAAAAAGAAGAAAAUAAGAGAUGACAGAAUGUGUGGGUUUCUCCAGCCCAGCUGUCAUGGCGCUUCUAUAAGUUCUCAUAUUCUUGCACAGUCCUCAUAGAACAUGUACAGUAGGGUCCAACAAUCUGAGACUACAUUGAAAAUAUGGGAUUAAACAAGAAUAAAUCUGGAUAUAAACAAUGUUUAGGGGUUUUGUGUAUUUUAAAACAUAGAAAAGUAAAAUUAAGAAGAAAUAUUUUUGAUUUUCACCAUUUCUAUGUCACUAAUCAGAUGUAAGCAAAUUUGUGACAUUGACCUUUGUAUAAAAGUUCAGAUUUCCUUGCUUCCAUUGAAGCACACAAGAUGCUCUUGGGAACAUUCUCAAAUCGUCCUGGGUUAACAUGGGUCAUCAGGUUUUGCACAAACUUGCGGAGUCCAUGCCAGCUCAAGUGCAAGCAAAAAGGGGGACAUUAUCAAAUACUAAGAAUAGCUAUUAUGCUAAUAAUACAAUUUGCAAUGAAAAAGAUUGUAUUAAAUUAGAAAAGAGUGCAAAAAAGAAGCAUUUCCACUAGUAGUCUCAGACAUUUGAACCACACUGUACAAACACUGAUCAAAGGUCUUACUAUACAAUAUUUAUUCACUAUGCUGUACAAACAUUAUGUUUGCUGGACUUUCCCCUCACUCUCUGAUUGCCGCCACAUACCACAGUGUACAUUCUCUACAGCUCUAGAAUCGUCAGGGUGUCGUAUCUCUGUUCUUUUCUACCGUCUGAUUUGUUUCUGUCUUCACUGCGUGCCUUUUUAAAAAACGUCCUUCCUGGUUUUUGUAUUCUGCAUCAGUAUCCAAUCAUUUUUCUAGAAUUUUAGAGGUUUAAUGUAUAGAUACUCACGAGUCUUUCUGACUUUGGCCUGUACAGGAUUUAGUAACGCUCGGCUCUUCAUACUGUUUCUAGGUCGGCAUAAGCAGAAUAACUCUGCCUUCUUUCCCCAAGGUCCCUCUGCUGGUUAACUGACCUCAGGUCAGAUUCACCUGUGCAUUCUCUCAACACAAUGCCGUACAUUUCAAUCUGAUCAAAUGCAGGUUGAAUACACACACACUCACCAAAGCGAAACACCCAGACCACACAGAUAGGUUUUAGUGCCUGGACACAACUGCCAUACAAAGCCAAAAGGCGGUAACUAUGCCAACACUGAGAAUGAGGAAAAAUGGUUUCAAAGUUUGGUUGUCCAGCCUGAAUAUAAAAUAGUCUCACUCAAUUUUCUCUGAAUAUGAGCAAAGUUGAGCCAAACCUGUGACAGAUCAUAGUCUAAGAGACGUGAUUUUGGUCCGAGCUCAUAAAAUAACUCAUAAAUGGUUGUAAGGGAGUGGGGGGGGGGCAGAAUUGGGAAAGGACCUCGAGCCAGGACUCAAACUCUGGUUUCCCGUGUUGCUAACACACCAUUUGUCGGCGCACUGGUCAUAAACAACUCAUGGUCAAAGCUCAGUUUUGACAAAAUUUGUAGUUGGUGCUUUUGCCUUUGCAGGACAGAGUAGAUCAUCAUAUUACAGUAAGAAUCGCUGUAAUUCCAGUAUGAUCAUAGAGCGGUAGAUUGUACUGAAGAAAUGGAUUGCUCUCUUUAUGAAAACGGCAAUGUAAGUGCAUUUCUUGUGAAGACUACACAACCUAGAUAAUUUCAGUUGAUAUUCUCUUAACCAGAAGUCUUAUAAGUUUCCUGCUGAUGUUCCAAUUCUUCAGAUGACAGUGUUCUUGUCAGAGGUUCACACUCUAAUGUAUUUUCAGUAAAGUCAACAUAUGCAGAAUUUCACAAUACGUAACGAUACUCAGCACUUAACAGUACUUAACGGUCUGCCUAUGAAUUAGCCUCACUAUCCCAUGAUGCCUUGGGACAGGACAUUUCACCCGUUCACACACUCGGUUACACACACUCAGCUGCAGUGCGAACACUCCUGGAUAUUUGAGUGAGCUGUCUUUCACAUUACUGUUUAAGAUAUGCUCAAAGAUCUCACUAUCUCUCCUUCAUGUAGUGCUGAAGUGCCUGCCUUCAGACGUAGGUGAAUACAUACCUUUUGACGUUACCUUUUUUCUUUUCCAUAAGCAAAUUUUGUUUAUGAUUUAUUUUCUUCUUUUCUGUUUUGUGUCUUAUUUUCUCACGAACUGCCUUUCUUAAUUAGAAAUAGAUUAAUUUUCCCCUCCUAUAAAGAAGAUGGUAUGGUACGGUACUUGUAUGGUGCUUGUAGUAUUCAUUCCCAUAAGUAUACAUUAAUUUAAUAAUCAUAGAAUAGAAACACAGACAUUUAAAAUUCAAUCCAAGCAGUAAUUUAAUGUAUUGCUUGCUUGCUUGCUUGCUUGUCAAAAUUACUGUAUUAAAACAAUAAACCUUGAUGUUUAAUAGGGUGAAUCUCAUGAAAACGUUUUUUAGGACUAUUACGCUGUUUUUGCUCAAAUCUUCUGCCGUUUGUUUAGUGGGCUUUUAAAAUAAUAUGGUCAAAUUGGCAGAUUCAAUUUACAUCAAGCUUUACUGGCAAGAUAAACUUAAGUGUACAUUGCCAUUGCAUUAUAAGACACUAUACAUGCAGAUAUAAAACAAAUUGAAUGCUGAAAUUAUUUUGCUGAAGUUAAAACUCUCAAAACUAUUAUUUUCUCUGCACACUCUCGCGUGGUUUCGCUUUUGACACUGGUUCAGAUGACAGUGAGUGACCGUUUUGGGGCAAAGCAGAAUGGCAGCUUUCCCAAAUCUCUCUCACACCUGGUUCAACGCUUGUGGGUUAAGUCUUCAUUUUCUGUACAGUAAAUCUGUUCCCGUGUUUAUUAUGCCACAGACAUGAGUCGCACAUAAUGAAUAAGUGUGCACUGCUCUACAGAAUCUGGGCCCAUAUUCACAAAAAAUCUUAAGGCUGAAAGUAGCUCCUAACGUGGAAAUUUAGGGGUGUGUCACUCCUAAUUUUAGGACUUGUAAAAUUUUAAUCUAAGAGUAAUUCAUGAAGCAUUUUAACACUAAAAGUAGCUCCUAAACCCAUGACAGCUUAGAAGUCGUCCUGAGGACUUCUAACUCCUUAAGAGUGACUCACAAACGAUCCAGAGCAUGCUGCUGUUGUCAGUCCACAUUAAAAACAAUAUAUUAGAAUAUUAUUAUGGCAUUGACUGUUUAAAAACGUAUCGCCUGAAUCACAGUUGAGUCUAAUGUAUUUUAAUGAUAUAAUAUAAUUAGAAAUAUUAUAAUCUAGCCAUUGACCUUUUAAAAAAGGUAUCGCCUGAAUCGCGAGGGUGUUUUCAUUAUUGUAAACUAGUUAGAGAUGCAAUUACCUCUGCCACAAACUGAAACAACCCAAUUACACCGGAGAUAAAGAUUAUAAAAACUCUGCACUCCCUGGACACAUCUAAAUAAAACUGUGUAGCAUGGAUGAAUUGGGAAUUUCUGUCAUCCGUCAGCAGAAUAAUCUAGAUUAUCAAACUGUAAAUGCCCUCUUCAGACCAUGCAUCGUUCGACAUUUCAUAGCGAAUUUUUUGCUGUGGAUGUGCGCUCGCUGAUGAGAAAAAAGGGGGCAUUCUCUGGGAAUCACAGCAAUCGCAGGGCUACCCAGUGUUUUGAUGCUAUUGACGGGAUGCAAGCUCGUUUCAUUACAUCAACACAGGAUUAAGAAAUGUUCAUCAACCGAAAAAAUAUCUCUGUAUCUGUGUGUGUGUGUGUGUGUGUGUGUGUGUGUGUGUGUGUGUGUGUGUGUGUGUGUGUGUGUGUGUGUGUGUCAUUGUCUGUCUUAGCUGACAAAUAGCUGUUCCCUGUCUACCAAUCACUGAGGGUUAUUUAAAAGAGCACGCUAAAAAAUGUGACAUCAUCCAUAGCAACGAAGUCAACUCUGCCUUACUCUUAUCUUAAGAUUUCCUUACUAAAACUUGCUCUUAGCAGUUUUGUGAAUAGGUUUAAAGCAAAGCCUCCUAGCUAGGAACUCUUUGGAUAACUCUUAGUGGUAAGAUAAAAAUCUUUGUGAAUACGGGCCCAGUUUUGGUGUUAUGAUGUGCAGUCGAGUCGAGCGUGUACCUCCUGGUAAUUUAUAUGCCAGUUUUAGCCACAGGAAAUGGGGGGAAAAACAGGAAGUGAAAAAAAAAUGGAUACUGCAUUAAUUGUUCAUUCUUUUAACAUGUUAAACAGUCAGCUAUUAAUCACAGAAAUUAAUUUUUUUUAAUUUCCCAUCCUUAAUAAUUAUUUCAGUUGUAAAGUACAAUUGUAAGUAUACAUCAUGAUAGUAUUUGUUGAACUAAAUUGAAUUUAUGCUGAUUUUAACUGAAAACAAUAAACAUAAAAACUAAGCCUGUCAAUUUAACAUGGUAAUUCAGUGCUUAUAAAAAAUAACGCUUUAAAAUGAAAGCAAUUGAUCAUGCCCCUUGAUGGUAAAUUCAGUCACAAUUAAAUAUUGAUGUAUGCAAUUAUUUGCGAUUUAAUUCCAUUAAUUAAUCGGGAUAUCAUGUAAUUAAUUCGAAAAACUUUAAUCAGUUGACAGCUCUAAAAAAAAUUAAUAAUAAAUAAAAAAAUAAAAAAAACGUUUUUUUCUAAACAGGAUGAUUUUCAUUGCUGAAUUAAAGUAAUUAGAAUAUGAUUUUUUUUUUUCUCCACAUUAUAAUGACAAUUUGGGGGGGAAGUUCGCUUAAUUGUCAUGAAAAUAAUGUCAAGAUGCAAAAAUGCUUUAAUGGUCCUAAAAAUAUACUUAAUAUUCUUCAUGCAAAAUAUAAUUUAUUAUUACUUCUCCUUUGAAUUUAGGGGUGAAAUAUGACCCUGACAUUUUCUUUCGUGAGAUUCAUGCUAUGACGCUCUCACUAUAGCAACAUAAAAAACCUCAAGCCAAUAGAAUGUGGUCACAUGAGUGAAGCUGUCAGUAGGGGUAGCUAUAGCAACGUCACCAGUAAACUGCGGCAUCACAUGUGGUACUUACUUGUCAGAUGGUAUAAUUACACUCCAAGCAAACGUUUGCAGUUUUGUUUACUGAUGGUGACUAAGAAAGUCUACCUCCAUUGUGUAGUUAAUUUGGAAUGAUUUCUUGAGACAUGGAAGACCUACUCACAAAUAAUAGACCUAUUAUAUUAGCAUUUGUCUUUCCAAGUCACCUUUGAGUCGUGACGACACUUGACUUGGCCUAUAGUCAUUUAAACAUGGGCAGGCUCACUUUGUAAGCCCCUUCCAGCUCUUUCUUUAAUGUCUUCAUUUUAUUUUGCCAUGUGAUGCAGACCCGCUCUUCCCAGCCUUGGGUUGCUGUGGCAGUAUUUGAAGGAAUUUCUCAGCACCCAAUGUAAUGAGCAAAAUUUCUGAUCCAUAGAGGUUUUAAAGUGCCAGUUUGUAGAACUAAACAAACACAUUUUAUUUAAGCAGCAAAAGCAUUACCCAUUCAGAUGUUGUACAAACAUACUACAAGAAAAGUAGUCAGUGUUUGUUUGUAAUGUAUGUACUGUUUCGAUUUUCCUAUUGAUGCUGAAAUGUUUGCACAUUUUGAGACCAUGGUUUUUACACUGAGUUUAAUACUUUUGCCAGUGAUUGUCAGUCAUUCUGUGUGUGUUUGUACAUGUGAUGUUCUUGCAAGAGUCUUGAAUGCUUUUUCUUCUUUUAAAAAGGAUCUGAGAUAAAAUGGUUGCCCUGGUUACCAGUUUUGUUAGCCAAGUUGGUGACAUGGUCACUCACUGAUAUAAAGUCUGCUCAUCUACCCAUAGUAAAUUGAAAUUCAUUGCUGAUGGUUGGCAGUGCCAAUGUCUGUCAACAAACAGACUUGUUAAGUUAACAUUCUUUUAUGGUUCUUUUAUGAAUUCCAAUAAUAACAUUCAAAUGCUUGCAGACUGGUGCCAAAGAAUCUGACUUGACCAACGUAACUGGUACCCUGGCUAGAUGAUGUUGUAAUGUGCAAACUAGGAAACUUCCUACAUGAAUGUAAUGUCAGAUUAUAUAUAUAUAUAUAUAUAUAUAUAUAUAUAUAUAUAUUUUUUUUUUUUUUUUUUUUUUUUGCACCAGUAGGUGGCAUUAUUCAACUGCUUGUCUGUGUAUAAAUUCUAGGAUUCUAGAAAUACUUUUCCAAUAUAACAUUAGAGCUCUGUAGCUGCAGAACUCACUAUGUUUAAUGUGUGAAAGUCACAACCUUUGACAAGCUCUUCCUCAGCUCAGUCCAACCCUCCCCGCGGCCCAACAUGCCGUACUGCUGCCACUCCAGGGUCAUGAAUGCACUUUGUAUUUGUUUGUGUGGGUGGGUAUAUUGUCUGAUAAAAGUGAGUGUGUCUGUGUGUGUUUGUCUGUUAUUCAAAUAAAGAGACUUCUUUUCUGUGUGACGGUUGAGUGAGAAUAUUGCCAGCGCACUCUGGCCAAAAUGCGUUGCGCCUCCUACAACUGAUAACAGAAAAGUAAAAAAAGACAAAAACAAAACCAGUUUUGAACUCUGAAAUUAAUUUUUUUGACAAUACUCUUAUCUGGUACAAAACUUAUAUCUGUUGUUUGUCCUCUUUGUCUAUUUUAUGAGAAAAGCCAUGUUUAUAAUUCAAUUUGGUUUGUGACCAAUAAGCCUGUUUAUAUCAAAUCUGUAUAUCAGUGGUAUGCAUAUUUUUUUAUAUAUAUUUUUUUUAUUUUUUCUUUGUUUUUAAACUCAAAAUUCUACACAUGAUUGGCAUCAGAAAGGCCCACUGAGGCAGUACUGAGCAGACUAUGUCCAGGAUGAGAUCAUGAGAUUGCCUAUGACAGCUGGCACUUUGUAAAGAGUUGCUAAUGAUAAUGAAAAUAAUAAUAAAAAAUAUUUAUUUCACA